AUGUCAGAUACAGAAGAAACCUCUAUAGAAGAAACAGGAGAAGAUGAAGAAGCAGAAAUGGAAGAAGAAGAAUUUGAAGACUAUAAUCCAGAUUACAAAGAAGUCAAAAAUAUGCAACAGGGAUCAGAAGAAGACGCAUUAGAACAGAGAGAUGCUUGGGAGGGAGAUGAAAUUGUCAUGGAGGAAACUGCGACAAAGGCUGGAGCAGCCCAGGAGGAGGAGAAGGCUUCAGGAGUGCAAGAGGUAACCGCAGCAGAGGACCAAGAAGUUGUCAAGUCCAUUGACAGUUUGGAGAGACUUACUGGUUCCCAGUUAUCCAUGGCAGAAACUUUCCUGGAAACCCCCAGAGGUAGUGAGUCAACGCACUCAUUACAAUCGGAGGAUUCUGGAACAAGAACCCUGAUCUCACAAAUUGAACUUGAUGUGGAUCAAAUCAGUUCUGAUGAAGAGCCGUUUAGUUCCCCUGAAACGCAGCCCUCUAGUGAACUUGAGGAGAAAAUCUACCAGAUGCUCCAAGAUAAACUGGGACAAGAAAGAGGAGGGCUGGGACCCGAAAAGGGAGAGGGGAGACCAAAAAAGGGAGCAUCACACUUCCUUGAAGAAAACGGAAUAGAAUUCCAGGCCAAAGCAGAGGUCUCCGGGGAGUCACUGGUGUCCACCACCACAGAAGACAUCUUGUUUCAGAAGAAGGAAAGCUCCGGGGUGUACCCCUUGACCAUGACCUGGUCGUAUGGAUGGAACAGUUCUCUUCCCGUGUACUAUAUUCGAGAGGGGAGCCAGAGAGUUCUUCUGUAUGUCUGCGCCCACACUGCGGUCCUCUACAAUGUUUUCCAGAAUAAUCAGUACCAUCUUCAGGGCCACCCUAAUGUCAUCUCCUGCCUAUGUGUCAGUGAAGACAGGCGGUGGAUCGCCACAGCAGACAAGGGGCCAGAUUGCCUGAUAAUUAUAUGGGACUCCUUCACAGGGAUUCCUGUGCACACAAUAUUUGACAGCUGCCCAGAAGGGAGUGGCAUCAGGGCCAUAGCCAUGACCCACGAUGCCAAGUAUCUGGCAACCAUCUCAGAUGCAGAAGUCCAGAAGGUGUGCAUCUGGAAGUGGACCUUAGCAGCAGAAACACCAGCGUGCUCUCUCCAACUCCCCAAAGAGUAUGGUUUCCAGAACUACCUUAUUUUUAAUCCAACAAAUAAUAAAGAAUUGGUGAGCAAUAGUAAAACACAAGCUAUAUAUUAUGUGUGGUAUGAAGAGAGAGAUAUACUUGCUCACAGUGCCCCACUUUUAACAGAAAAAACCUUCAACAAGCUCGUGGGAAAAUUUAGCCAGUCCGUCUUUCACUUGAAUUUAACACAAAUUCUCUCAGCGACAAGGGAAGGGAAGCUGGUUGUCUGGGACAUACACCAUGCCCCGUCAUCUUCUUCCAGCUUUUCGGGCUUUCCCUAUAUCAAGCCUUGUAAAUUGGUUCAUUUGCAGAAAGAAGGCAUCAGUGUGCUGACUACUGUUGAUAGAUAUAUUGUCACAGGUGACAUUAAGGGUAACAUUAAGUUCUAUGAUCAUACCCUGUCUAUCGUUAACUGGUACAGUCACUUCAAACUGAGCAUCAUAAGAUCUCUGUCCUUUUCAAAGACCCCAGCACCUCCGCCUACUGAGAAAUCAAACUAUCCUCCUGGCUGCACUUUAAAAGGUGACCUUUUUAUUGUAAGAAAUCUUAUCAUUGGAACAUCUGAUGCUACGGUGUACCACUUAACAACAGAUGGGACCAAACUUGAGAAGUUAUUUGUAGAGCCCAAGGAUGCCAUUUGCGCCAUCUCCUGCCACCCAUAUGCGCCCCUCAUUGCUAUCGGGAGCAUCUGUGGGAUGAUCAAAGUGUGGGAUUACGCAAAGAAAAAAUACCUUUUCAGCAGGGUCUUUGGGAAGGGCCUUGGAGUCCAGAGUCUGACCUACAACCCCGAAGGAGCGCUUCUUGGAGCUGGCUUCACAGAGGGGACAGUUUAUAUUCUUGAUGCAAUGUCUUUAGAAAAUGAAAGUCCAGAGCCUUUCAAAUACUCCCGAACCAGCGUGACUCAUAUAAGCUUUUCCCAUGACUCCCAGUACAUGGCAACUGCCGAUGUAAGUUUCACUGUGGCUGUUUACAUGAGAGUUGUCAAAAAUGGACAGAGGGUCUGGGAAUAUUUAGCAAGACUUCGCUCUCAUCACAAAAGCAUUCGAAGUCUCCUGUUUGGGGUUCACCUGGACACGAAUGAGCCCAGGCUGCUGAGCCUCGGUAGAGACAGGCUCUUGAUAGAGUAUAAUCUUCUCAAGAGCUACAAAGAUCACCUGGAAGUCUUGGACAUUCACCACACCGACCAGGACAGCCACCCCACUUGUAUGGUCUGGUACCCACCACUCACCAAGGAGCUCUUCCUGCUCAUUUGCAACACUGGCUACAAAGUGAAGCUUUUUAAUUCUACCACCAAAAUGUGCAGAAAGACGCUUCUUGGACCCAUUUAUGGCUCCCCUGUGGAGCAGACACAAGUCCUCCCUGUGAAAUCCACUGUGGAACUCCAGAAGCGCUUCUUGGUGUUUAUCAACAGAGACAAGGUUGGACUUCAGAUCUUACCAGUUGAUGGCAAUCCACAUAAGACAUGUGCUAUUGUUUGCCACCCAAACGGGGUGGCUGGAAUGGCCCUUUCCUAUGACGGCUGCUAUGCCUUCACAGCAGGAGGGCAGGAUCGCUCGGUCGUGCAGUGGAAAAUCAACUUAAGUGUCCUGGAGGCAGCGGUUUCUCUGGGGGGCGAAGACUUGACCCCGUUCUAUGGUCUGAUGUCUGGUGGCAGGGAAGGAAAAUGCUACAGGGAGCUGGAAGACUAUUUCUACUAUUCUCAGCUCCACAGUCAAGGUAUUGACACAAUGGAGACCAGAAAGGUAUCAGAACACAUCUGCCUGUCGGAGCUUCCUUUUAUCAUGAGAGCAAUUGGCUUUUACCCAUCUGAAGAGAAGAUUGAUGAUAUGCUUAACGAAAUCAAAUUUAGUGAGUAUGUGGACACUGGAAAGCUAAUUGACAAGAUCAACUUGCCAGAUUUCCUCAAGGUUUACCUUAAUCACAGGCCCCCUUUUGGUAACACCAUGAGAAGCAUCCACCAGAGCUUUGACGUUCUUGGUUACACCAAUUCAAAAGGAGAAAAGGCUAUUCGAAGAGAGGAUUUCCUGAAACUGCUCCUAACUAAAGGUGAGCACAUGACGGAAGAGGAGAUGCUGGACUGCUUUGCUACACUGUGUGGUUUGAAUUCUGAGGACUGGAAAUCCGAGCCUGCAAGCUCCUCUGUCAAAGGUUCAAAAAUCUGCCUCGAAGAAGAACUUCCUGAAGAAAUCACUGCAGAAAUAUUCACAACCGAAAUUCUUGGCUUAACCAUUUCAGAAGAUUCCAAACAGGAUGGUCAGUGAAGUCAUAAGAAAUGUUUUUUCUGUAUUUCCCUACCCUACUCUUAUCUUUAGAACAUUUAGACAUUAAAAGCAAAUUUCUGUUAAGUCAUGGAAUUCACA